AUGGGUAGGGUUAGUGGAAGUAGAUCUACUUCUUUGUACUCUUUGCUCUUCAUUUCUUCACUUCUAUUGGUUUCUCAAACACACGUCUUUUGUGAGAGAGUAGCAAGGCCUCCCAUUGUGAAGGGACUAUCUUGGAAUUACUAUUUUGGGCUAUGUCCUAAGCUUGAAAGGAUCAUAAGGAAGCAUCUUGAGGAUGUCUUCGACAAGGACAUUGGACAAGCUCCUGGACUACUUCGCCUCUUCUUCCAUGAUUGCUUUGCUCAGGGAUGCGAUGCAUCUAUAUUGUUGAAUGGGGUGAAUGGAGAAGAUGAUGAAAAGCAACAUCCCGCAAACUUGGGCUUAAGGCAAGAGGCCAUUCAAACCAUUGAAAACCUUCGGAUUCUCAUCUACAGGCAGUGUCUACCUGUUGUCUCUUGCUCAGAUAUCCUUGUUAUCGCCGCGCGUGAAGCUGUUCGCCAACUAGGAGGACCCGAUUUUGAUGUGCCAUUGGGAAGAAAAGAUAGCCUGUCAUUCGAUCCAUCAGCACCAGACAAUAUUCCAGCACCAUUCUUACGAACCGAUGAACUCCUCGAAAUUUUCGGAGCCAAAAACUUCGAUGCCGCAGAUGUUGUUGCUCUCUCAGGUGCACACACAUAUGGUCGAGCACACUGUCCCUCAUUAUUCAACAGGACCACAGAAUCAGACCCACCAAUAGAACAAAACUUCAAGAACAAACUCGAUGCCACGUGUCCCACUGAUGAAUUCCCCAACACUGUUGAUUUGGACAUAAGAACUCCGAAUAAGUUCGACAACAUGUAUUACAUCAACCUAUUGAACAACCAGGGUGUGUUCACCUCCGACCAAGACUUGGCGAGUAACUCCAAAACAAAGGAGAUUGUCAAUACUUUCGCUUCUGACCAGAAAAAGUUCUUUGACAAAUUUGCCGAUGCUUUUGUGAAGGUGAGUCAGUUGAAUGUGAUAACGGAUCGUCAAGGGAAAGGCGAGAUUCGUGAUAAAUGCUUUGUUCCAAAUAAGAGGAGAUCUAAUGUUGCAUCUGUGGUGGAAGAAGUUGCCGAAUUGGCUGAAAAGAUCUGA